AAGAAAAAAAAAAAACGGGAAAAUUAGAGGAAAGUUGAGAGAAAAAGAGAGAGCGAAGUGAAGAAGAAGGAUUCCCCACAGCACUUUCUUCUUCUUCUUCUUCUUCUUCUUCUUCCCCACAAGAGAAUUGAGGCGAAGACCUUUCUCUGUUUCUCUACAACCCAACACACAAAUCUUCAUCUUCUUCAUCUUUUCUAGGGUUUCAUUUUUUGUCUUCAUUUCUUCAUUCCCAUCAUCACCAAACCUUCCUAGGGUUCUUACUUACUUGGGGGGAGGGGGUUUUCAUCUCUCAGAGAUGUGGGAUGCUCCGGGAAUUCAUGAAUCUGCUCUCUCUUUGUUGGAAGCCUUUUGGGCAUCCUACUGAUAAUUUCACCUCUGUUGGUGUUAUUGGGACCAAUUGUGGUGCCAAAGACACCAAAGACACCUUACUUUGGUUCUAUGAUUAUGGUCAUUAUGCUUCCGGUGACUUCUCCAUGGCUGUUGUUCAAGCCAACCAAGUCCUUGAAGACCAGAGCCAAAUUGAAUCUGGCCCUUUUGGUACUUUCCUCGGUAUCUACGAUGGUCAUGGCGGUCCCGACGCUGCUCGUUAUGUUUGUGAUAACUUGUUUAGACGUUUCCAAGAACAUCAGGGAGUGGUGACUCGUGAAACCAUUCUGAACGCUUUUCGUCGAACAGAAGAAGGGUUCACGGCUGUCGUGUCAGAGUUAUGGAGUACUCAACCCCAGAUAGCAACAGUUGGGACGUGCUGUCUAGUAGGGGUUAUACACGAGCAGACACUCUACAUUGCGAGCCUGGGGGAUUCUCGUGCUGUGUUAGGGAAGAAAGUUGGCAACACUGGUGAGAUUGCUGCCAUUCAAUUAUCAACUGAGCAUAAUGCAAAUCUUGACGAAAUCAGGCAAGAGUUAAGCGAGAUGCAUCCAAAUGACCCUCAAAUUGUGGUCCAAAGACAUGGAGUUUGGAGAGUGAAAGGAAUUAUACAGGUUUCUAGAUCCAUUGGGGAUGUCUAUUUGAAGCAUGCUCAGUAUAAUAAUGAAAGAAUCAAUGCUAAAUUUAGGCUUCCUGAGCCAAUUGAUAUGCCUAUAUUGACUGCUGUACCUACAAUUAUUGCUCACCCUCUUCAUCAAAACGAUUCUUUUCUCAUAUUUGCAUCUGAUGGACUUUGGGAACACCUAACCAAUGAAAAAGCAGUGGAUAUUGUUCAUAAUCAUCCACGUGCAGGAAGUGCAAAAAGGCUUGUGAAGGCAGCCCUUCAAGAAGCAGCUCGAAAACGAGAGAUGCGGUAUUCAGAUCUCCGAAAGAUUGACAAGAAAGUUCGGCGUCAUUUCCACGAUGACAUUAGUGUUAUCGUUUUAUUUUUCAACCACGAUCUUAUAUCCAGAAACAAUGUCCACCUAGAUCAACCAUUAUCAGUAAGAAGUGCUUUUGAUCAUUGAUUAAAAUUUUUGUUCCUUAAAUAUUAAAAAAAAAAUCAGAGAAAAAAAGAGCGACUAACUUAAAAAAAAUACUCGUAUAACUUUGCUCUUUAUUUCGAAAGUACACAUAUUUUUUCAAAACUUGUAAUAUUGCUCCUCGAUCUUUUGUAAAUGUUUCAAAACUAUCGUUUGAGUAAAUAUCAUUUAGAACUGUAGAUGAAAAUUGUGAUCUGAAACUAGUGUUGGUAUUCCGAUCUCUACUUUCAGGUUCAAUUCUUUUUCAACAAUCUAAUGGUAGUUUCUGAAACGUUUAUGAAAGAUAAGUGUAAUAUUGAAGCUUUUGAAAUAAUAGACAUUUUUAGACAAAGGAGCAGAGUUGUGGAGUAGUUUUUAUAAUUUAGUCAAAAAAGAAGGAAAAAUAUCCAAUGUAAUUUGAUAUUUAGAUACAUCCGGAUCCAUCAUAGAGAGGUUCACUGAUAAGAAGAAACAUAUUGAAGACUCUUCAAAAGUUUUUCUUUUUUUUCCUUUUUUGGAAAGAUUUGUAUAACUUGUUGCAAAACAUUUACACUGCAGACCCACCCAUAUGUAGAACCCAGAUCAGAUAUUUAGAAGCUCAUCUGGGGCUGUUCUUUGGAUUCAAGUAAAAAAUUCAGUAACCCAAUUUUUCUGAUA